AUGCAAACGCACAAACGCAUCGCAUCACGUCGCAAACCGACCACUCACAGUCUCGGUCUCGGAAUCGCCCAUGCCCAUGCCACGCUGCCACGCUGCAGCGAUCUACCACCCUACCUGCCGUCUUCGACACCGCAUGUUCCGAGCGCGGCCGUGGGAAUCACGGAGGCCGGCGUCGGAAGUGGAAGACAGAUGCAGAGAGGACACGAGGGGGAAUUAGCGUACCAGCUCGUCGGGGAUGCAAGGAGAGGUGGAACGAUCGUGCGUGGACACACGGAUCACGACUGCCAUUCACUUAGUGGCAUGAUUCCAACCCAACGUGAGCCAUCUGAGCGUAUAGCGAACGCCGUCGACACAUCCGGCCGCCCACUGCUUCAACAACUUGUCAAGGAAGACUACGCCAUGCUAGUGUCCACCAGAGAAGCGGCAGCCUGUGCGCUGAAGGAACGCCGUCUUCUCUGA